AUGUUUCUCGUGAAAUGGUUCGAGUCCCCACCGCCGCCUCAAACUCUUUUCAUAACGGAUAUGCCCGAUUUGGUAAUGGCAAAAAUUUUGGAGACAGCUGAUUUUCUGUCAAUUCUGCGACUCCGAAAAACGUGUCACUCAUUCCGAAACUUCAUCGACGAACUAAAACCGGAUUAUGGAUUGAGACAUGUCAGGCUCAAUUGGAGCUCAGAUUGUAUUGGUGUGAUUCUCGGUUUUACCAAUUACCCCAUGAGAAAUCUUGUUCUUGACUAUGAGAAAAAUGAGAAUGGCGGUGGCUUCACUCUGAGAAUAUUGGGAGAUUGUAUGAAACAAAACAAAUUUAGAGAAGACGAAGAUUUUCUGGAUGCAUUCUUCAAGGAUUUGGGUGUAAUUUUGAGAAAUCAGAAGGCUCCUCUAGAAGUUCUAAAUAUCGUAAACACCUCUGAUUCUAUAUUUUAUCGUGAGAAACCAGUAAUCAAGAAUGCUGAGCCGAAUCCCAUAGCGCGAAUCUUCAACUGCUGGAAAUCGAAAGAAGACGAAAAGUGUCCUAAGGAACCAGAAAAAGUUGUAGACAAGUUUUUCGAUUGGCUCCAGAAUAUUCUGACUUCAAGAGCUCAAAAAAUUCAAACGAGAAACAUGAAAAUCGAAGUCAAGAGCCCAAGUUGUUUUAUCAAAAUGGCGCCAUUCAUCAACAUGAAGAAAUUAGAAAGACUCGGAAUCAAAAAAAUGGAAAAUGAAGAAAAAACUGAAAACUUUAAUGAAAUCGCUGAAUUGGAGGACUGGGAGUCGAUUCCAGAGUUGAAAAUUGAGGGAUUCCAAGUGACAUUGCCUCUUCAAACAUUUCUACACAAGUCGACUCUCAAACUUUCAGUGCCGACACUUACGAUGGAAGAUGUUUUACUCAUAAAACAGACCUUCAUCGCUUCUCCUCUUCUCGACUAUCACAAAGUUCACUACAACACCCUGAAAGACAUGGACCAGCUACACUCGGCUCUCGGUGAGGGAGAUGGAAAUAAUGUCAAAACAUGGUAUCACGAUAUUCCGGAGACAAGACAAGAAAUUACAAUCGUUCACGAUGCCAACAAUCGCUUCUUUUGCUUCAGUCAAUAUGUGGAGUGUGAUUCUUAUACGGACACUGAAUCUGAAUAA